AGGUCUCUAAUGUAGGUAGCAGUACAAAAUUAAAAGAAACUGAUCUUUCUUUAUGACUAGCACCUAAUCUUAUCUAUUUUUUGGAUGUUGUAAAUAAAUGUCAUCCAAAUUGGGAAAAUCUGCUACAUGGAUUUCUAUAAAAGGCGCACCUGGCCUCUACAGAAAGUUAGUUUAACUGAAAGUGUCUAUACUUCUUUUAAAAUGCCAGGUCUGAAAAUUUCAUGGCUUGUACACAGUCUGGUGCUGACUGUGAUGGUACACCUAAGCACCCAAACCGAGCAUCUGAACUCCACCCUGGACAUCUGCCGCCUGUUCGCCAAUGGCGCGAAGAUUCGAAAACCCGGCGGCUGCACCGAGUAUUUGGAGUGUAAUAACCAUGUUCAGAGCUCCGAAACCGCUUGUUCGGGAAGAACUCCUUACUUUAGACUUAAAACGCAAAAAUGCGAUACGAAAGUUGAUGAUUCAUACUGCAAAACACCCUGCACCUCAAAAACCCAGGGUUACGUUGGAGAUUCCAUCAAUUGCGCCCAUUGGCACUUGUGCGAAGGAUCGAAAUCGAUGGCCACGGGAUCCUGCCCUGUUGGCCAGUACUUUGACAAGGUUUCGGGUGCAUGUGUCUAUCCGAAGGACACCGUCUGCGUAGCCACCUUCGAGCUGUGCGAUAUUGCGCCUAUGAACGUGCCAUUCCGUGACGAGUACAACUGUAACAAAUACUUCAGCUGUGACAAGGACGCCAAGCUGGUGACCAACACCUGUGAAGCUGGAAAAUAUUUCAAUGUGGCCACUGGCAGCUGCGUGGCCAAGAAGGAUGUCGUCUGCGAAGACCAUCCAGUGCCGGAUGACGUUUGUGGCACCAAGAAGCUGGCCUUCAGGAACAAGUUUGUCUCCGACCAGUCCACUUGCAGAGGAUACUUCUACUGCCGGGAUCUGGGCUCUGGAAUACCGGAUACCAAUCCCACAUUCUUCCAGUGCGGUGAGGAGUAUUUCUUCAACGAGGAGCGGCAGGCAUGCAUGCCUCGUGAUAGCCAGAAGUGUUCCCAGGAUCGCUGCGAUGGUCGGGAGGAUGGCCACUUCGAAAUCGCUGAAACUAAGGGAUGCCACGACUAUUAUGUGUGCAAAGAUGGCCGCGAAGAUGAAAUACGAUCCUGCGAAGACAAGUACUUCGAUGUAGCGACCCAGCAAUGCACUGAUACCGUAAAAUCGUACGGAGCUUGUAGUGCUUAAUAUUCUUAAAAGUUCAGAGGUCAUUAAAAAAAAGAAUUUUUGGGUUGUACGUAACACACCCUACUGAAUAAACUAUUUUGCAUUCAAUGAAAGUAAAUAAAAUUGUAAACUUUGCAAAUCAAAGUUUGGAAAAUGUGUAUUUUGUAUCUUAUCUUUGUAAAUGGCUUAUAUAGUCCUUAAGUUUGUGGAAACUAUAAGUUCUUUUUAUAAAGAAACGUAAAAAACUAGUUAUCCUUUAGAUAACAAGCUCUAUUGUAAAAUGUUUUUUCCCAUUUACCAUAAAAU